GCGUCCACCGCGCUAGACUGUUCCUCUUCUUGCCGUAGACAGGCGAAUGUGGACGACGUGUUUGCGACCAUAGAUACGCUAAGUCAAGGACAUCAAAGUUUGGUAAGAACACAGAUAGGCCACCUAUGCAGAUAAAAUAACGCCCGAGACUUGGAAGAGCUACCUACAUUUCGUGGAAGGAUCAGCUUGCUGUAAACGCGGCUUAAAGGAUCGAAACAUCUGAUCGCAACAAUUAAUAUUGACACAAUAUGACCAACAUGCUUUUAUUUGGAGAGGACUACCAGAAGAAAUUCAGUGCAGAAGAAUAUCUAAAAUCGUGCAUACUCGAAGGAACGCCGGAAGAACCCACUUCACCAAUGUUCAUACCGAAAACUCUUCAUAAAAUAUUUUCCUCAGGGACUAUCACAGGUCGCCGCAUUUUGGAAAUAGGAUCAGGGCCGGUGAUUGCCAAUCUUAUUCCCAGCGCCAAAUGGUUCGACAGGAUCACACUGAGUGAGUACGCCAAGUGUAACAGAGAUGAGCUGGUGAAAUGGUGGGCAGCAGACGACACCGCCCACGACUGGUCUCCACACUUCAAAUACCAUGCCAAGUUGGACGGAGAUGAGAGCAAAUGGAUGGAAAAUCAGCUAACCUUCCGCGAAAAAAUGACUCCCGUCAAACACUGCGAUGUCACGAAAGAAGACAUCUUGUCUCCAAAUCCUGUCGAGCCAUUUGACGCCGUCCUCAGCAGCCUGUGUUUAGAGGCUGCUUGUCAUGACGUCGCCAGCUACCAGAGGGCGCUCGUCAACAUCGCCAGACUUCUACGACACGGGGGACACAUCGUUCUUGUUGGAGUGUUGGAUGAAACGUAUUACACAGUUGGUAAAGAGAAGUUCUUUUGUCUCCCGCUUGACAAAGCUAAAAUCACUAAUGCUCUGAAGUCGGCUGGUUUUGACGAAAUGGUGUGGUAUGAAGAUAAUACAAGAAGUUUAGACAUUCGAUCAGAUUACACCGGACUGUUUGUGGUAAAAGGACGACUUACUGAGAAAAACUAAAUAGCUGAAGGAAAAACAUGUAAAUAGCGCAUAUUGACUCGUAAACCAAGGUAACAUUUUCCAAGACUGCCGCCACACGAUGAAAUCUUAUAGGACAUUCUUUUCUAUUUUUUAAAAUUUGUUUUGUGAAUGUCUUCGGUCUACAGCGAGUGUGUAAACAUUUGUUGUUUGCAAAUGUCGCGCUUUCCCCUACUAUAUAUGCGGCUUCCUUGCUGACUGACGCGUUAACAUAAAAUUAAUUUACUUAACUUGUCAUUACUUCCCCGUGCGUUUUUAAGCACCAUAAUAAAGAGACACAUAAUUUCACAUUUA